GAAAUGUUGCGAGAUCACCUGACGCGUCGUCAUUGCUGUUGCGCUUCACUCACAACCGACCAACAACAUGGCUCCCAAAGACCAAAAUACACACAUGAUUCUCUGCCUUUUCCUCCUGACGCUUGUCCAGAACGCCGAGGCAUUUGACGGAGGAGAUGCUGCGGCUUUACUGUUGGGCGCGACCGUGACGCUCGUGGGAAUCUGCGCGUGCUUGGGCUGGUACGCGCGCACACGAAACGGUCAGUUUUAAUGACCAACCUGCUGAUCAAGGCCUCAUCCGGAAAUGUGACCCAGUGCAGAAGGGCUGAAGAGAAUUGAAAAUGCGUGCAGAGGAAGGAUCUAUAUGGAUAAUAUAAGCUGUUGGUUUUAUUCUUGACGUAUUAUCCCUAUCAGUGACACUAGGAAAUUCCUUCCUUCCGUCCUGCCCCAGUGCACCACGUGAGAAACUUCUACAACAGUAUCAGCAUUAAAAAGUCCAUUAGAUUAUUACUGCAUGAGAACAAGACCACAAGAUCAUUCUCUGACACAUUCCUAUGGACUUGGACAUUCUGGUGGGCUUGUGUUGUGUUGGUCUUCUGCCAUGUUACAAUCACUGCUUUCAUUUUCAACACUGCAUCACUCCUAAAAUUCUUGAAUGCUUUCUCUGUCUGCAUAAAGCAUUUAAUAUUAUUACCAAUGUGCUUUAGAGAGGGAGGGUGAUGGUGCUUGCUUUGUCUGUUUAAAGGUAAUAAACUUUAUGAAAUAUGUGCCAA